GCACUGCGGGUACAUCUACUGGCUGAUCCGGACAUCUGCGGGUACAAACUACAGAAGCGAGGGCUCUGCGCCCACCUCUUUUGCCUGGUGAGUGCCCCCGGGGCUCCCUCCAGCUUGCCGACAGGCAGCCCCGGCCACGCUGCUCUCCUCAUCACCUCCUUGUCUUGUCUUUCCUGUGCAGUUUUUUGCCAACGGCCUCGUCCAGCAAGAGGCCGACAACGUGGGCCUGAUGGUAUUCCCCUGAGGGAUAUUCGCCACACAGUCAAGCAGGCAGGGCAGCAGCGCUGCUUCGUCUGUGGCGAGAGCGGGGCCGCCAUCACCUGCUACCAGGAGGGCUGCGACCGCAGCUUCCACCUCCCCUGCGCCGUGGAGGGGGAAUGCGUCACGCAGUUCUUUGGGCUUUACAGGUCCUUCUGCUGGCAGCACCGCCCAGAGCAGGCAGUGGAGGCGGCUCCGGGGGAGAACACCCCCUGCCACAUCUGCCUGGACCCUGUGGAGGACAGGAAGUCCUACGGCACCAUGGUGUGCCCAGCGUGCAAACAAGCCUGGUUCCACAGGGCCUGCAUCCAGGUAGGAGCCCUUCCCUCGCCCACGGGGGGGGCACGGCGGGCGCCCAGCAGCACCAAGGCCUCACGCCUGCUCCUCAUGUUUCCCCUGCAGGGACAGGCUGCGCACGCCGGCAUUUGCUUCCAGUGCCCUCUCUGUAGAGAUAGGCAUGCAUUUCUCACGGAGAUGCUCACCAUGGGCAUCCGAAUCAUCUACAGAUUGCCAUCAUGGGACGACGGGCACACAGAUGAUGAACAAAAUGAGAGGCGCAGCUGCUGCGAUGCCCGUGAGUGCCUUUGCCCAGGAGGCAGGCAGCACGCAGAGCAACAGGGGCCCUGGCAACUGCUCCUGUGCUGCUCCUGCGCUGCCGAGGGCACCCACAGACGCUGCUCCCACUUGGGGACCGACACGGCCAUAUGGGAGUGUGACAGCUGUGCUGGCCUGGGCACCGCCUCCAGUGGAAGCUCGGAGGUCGCGGGUCCCAUCACGGAGAGCCAGUCAGGAUCGGGGCCGUCCCACAGCUCUCCAGCACCAGAGACCAGCAGCCCCAGCACAAGCAGCAUGGUGGCAUUGGGGUCCUCCACCAGCUUCACAGAACUGGAGAGCAGCAGCCCCAGCAGCACUGGUCUCCAUGCAACAUCGGGGCUGUCCCAAGGCUCCCCAGUGCCUGAGAGCAGCUGCUCCAGCCCACCUGGGCCCGACCGCAUGCGAGACCGCUCUCGCUCGCAGCGUCGGGCCCAAAAGCCCUACAGCCGGCGCACAAGACGCCGUGGCAGCAGCCGCGCACCAGCACCGAGGGCUGAGAGCAGCAGCCCUGCACAGUCGGUGCCGGGAUGCUCCCGUGGCUCCCCGGUACCCAAGACCGGCAGCCCCAGCACCGCCAGCCAGCUGCCAGCGGGGUCCUCCCCCAGCUCUGCAGGGCUCCAGAGCAGCCGCCGCCCCAGCCGCCCCGGGCCCGUGCGGGGACGAGACCGUUCCCACUUACGACGUCGGGCCCAGAACCCUUACAGCCGCCGGCCCGGACGCUGA